AAGAUCUAUUAAUUAUGCUAUUUUUCACCUAAUUUCAUCAUUAUCACACGAAUGAGGAAUUUGUUUAGAAUCAACGCUCUGAGAGAAACAACAAACCUAAAGAGAAAAUAAGUCAAGAAAAUGGCCCAAGAGGAAUGGACUCCAUUAGCCAAAAAGUACUGUCCUCUUAUGGCCGGAAGUAUUGAUAGGACCGAUACGGAACCUCACGACCACGGAAUAAUCAGGGCCCUAUCCUCAUCAUACAAACCAAACAAAGAUGUUGCAGGUGAUCCUCACUGUACAGUGUUUGUGUCUCGUUUGAACCCCAAAACUGAUGAGGAGACACUUGAAUCUGAACUCUCCUACUUUGGAGGUAUAAACAAGAUCAGAUUAGUGAGGGAUGUUGUCACUGGACAUUCUAGGUGUUAUGCUUUUGUGGAGUUUAAGGAGGAACGAUCAGCAGUUAGAGCUGAGAGAGAUGGACAUAUGAUGGAAAUAGAUGGUCAUGAAAUUCUUGUUGACUUUGAACUGGAGCGCACCCUGCCAGGGUGGAUUCCAAGAAGGUUAGGGGGAGUAGAAACAUGUCCAGAUGGUCAGUCUCUUGUAAAUUGUUUCGUAGCACCUUGCGACGUUUCCACCUGUCCAAAUUUUCCAACUGCAAUCUGCAAGGAUGACUAUUGUGGAGGAUGUAACGCCGUUUGGAGUGUUAACGAUACAGAAGUUACCAGCGACUGUCAAAACAAGUCUGCUGAAGUAAGGUUGAUUCAUGGAAACAACGUCAGUCAUGGAAUAGUAGAAGUGUGGCAAGACAGCCAGUGGAAAAUCUUGUGUGCUUGGCCGCAGUUCUUUGCCAGAGCUGCCCUUGUCAUAUGCAAACAAUUGGGAUUCAGCCAAGGAACAGUUUUACCAAUGGCGGCUUACGGACGACAAAUGGGAAACUACACCCAUCCAUUCAAGGGGUGUUCUGAUGGUCAGGAUAGAAUACAGAAUUGUCAGUUCGACAAAAAUUACACUCCAAAUGUCUGUGCCACACAGGAUGUCCAUUAUGGCUCCGUCAGCUGCUACGACAAACAAGAAGAGAGUGGCAUUCAACUCUCACCAAUACAUAAAGACAGAGAGGACUUACAGCCAAACAGCGGUAAAGUUGAAAUAUUCCAGCAACAAGUUUUUGGUCAAGUUUGCUCUACCUACUUUGCUGAAGAAGAGGCCAAUGUAACGUGUAGGCAGCUGGGAUUUUUAGGAGGAGUACCGAUGACCCAUGAAGCAGAUAAUACACUACCUUUCUUGCUAACAGGAUUGCAUUGCCAGGGCAAUGAAAGUAAAUUAUCAGAGUGUUAUCAAGAAUUGCAGAUUUGUUACACUGACCAAAGAGCAGGUGUAUUGUGUUACAACUCAUCAGGGGUUGAAUGUUCUCUUAGUGAUAGCAAAACUAGUGCUGGUGGAAUUGCAGUUAUUUCUGUAGAUGGCAUCGAAGGUACUAUUUGUGGCCAAGGCUGGUCAAACUUGGACGCCCAAGUGUUCUGUCGACAGAUAGGAUACGUGACUGGAAUUUCAUACACAGACAAAUCAUCAGAAUUAUCGAGAGAUGUCUACUUGUCCAGCGUGAACUGUUUAGGAGUGGAAAAUUCCGUGAUUGCAUGCAAAGGAUCUGGAUGGAGGAAUGUGAAUCGUACCCAAUGUAACCAUGACAACGAUGCGGGGGUAUACUGCUACAAAAGUGUACGUUUGUCCUAUGGAUACCAAAGGGAGAAUGCAACACUCGGCAUCGUUGAAGUUUUCCAGAAGUAUUAUUGGACUACUUUAUGUGCGGAUAGAUUUGACCAAAUGGACGCUGAUGUCGUCUGCAGACAACUAGGUUACUCAAGUGCAAGGGUCCUCCUUCCAGGCCAGUUUGGAAGAUCAAGGAGAUAUGUUUAUACAAUAUCCAUAAAUUGCACAGGAAAUGAAACUGACAUCUUGCAGUGUGAGCAUGACACCGGAUACUGUUCUUCAGAUAACUACGCGUCUCUUCUUUGCACACACAAAGACACAAAUCCACAGCUCAGCGUUAACAUUGAGCACUCUGACAAUGGUCGAGUGAUGGUUCGACAGUUUGACGUCAAAGGAACAGUGUGUCGUUAUGGAUGGGACAACAUGGCUGCAAUGGUCCUCUGUCGAGAACACGGCUUCAAGGGAGGAGUUGUUUACAGUUCUUCUGAUGAACUCACUCGCUAUCAACCCAUAUGGGUAGGGAGUGUCAAGUGUUCAGGCCAAGAAAAGCGUAUAGUGGACUGUGUGUUUAAUUACUCCUUGUCGAGAGAGUGUGGAUAUGAUAGGUCUUCAGCAGGCGUCCUUUGUUAUAAUGCUACAGGCAUGAAAAUUCGUCUUGCUGGAGGUUUUAGUGCAAACCAAGGCAGAGUGGAAAUAUCACGUGACUCAGUUUGGGGAACAAUCUGUCACAAUAGAUGGUCAACAAGUGACACUGAUGUCGUGUGUCGACAGCUUCAUUAUGCCAGCGGAACUUCGUAUCGCGAUUCGUAUCAUGGUGCAGGGACUGGCCCUGUCCUGAUGGACAGAGUCAGCUGUUUCGGGUCCGAAAAUUCUAUUUUUGAGUGUGCUAAUCUAGGGUGGAAUCAGUCAGCGGACGCCUGCAAAGAUCACUCUCAAGACGCUGGAGUGUACUGUAUGCCAUGGGUGAAACUGUCCCAACACCGCUAUGGAACAGUGCUGGCAUGGAAGAAAAACAAUUAUGGACCAGUUUGCGCCGAUGGAUUUGACGAAAAUGCAGCACGUGUCGUCUGCAAGGAAUUGCAAUACGACUAUUCGAUCAAAUUCUGCUGUUCAGGAUUAGGACCUGAACCAAAAAACCUUGAUCUUGCAAUGUCAGAUGUUCACUGUGAGGGAACAGAGAGCGGUUUAAGGCAAUGCAAGAACGAGUAUAACAAACCUAGUUGCAGUGAUAAGAAUUAUGCAGCAGUUUACUGCACCAAGACUAAUCCAGCAGACAGUACUAUAAGUGUUCAUGUUGGGCAAUCAAACGUCGUUGAAGUAACUUACGUGUAUCAAUCUGGUCUGCUCAGCGCUGCUGAUUUUACCGACAACGAUGCCUCAGUCAUUUGUCGAGAAAACGGUUUUCUGUCAGGGCAAGCUCUCCGGCAUCUUCGACCCAAGUACAAAGACUUUUUCUGGCUGAGGAAUGCCUCAUGUCUUGGAAAUGAAAAUAAGCUCAAUGAAUGCCCAAAUGCUAGAAGGAUUGGAGACUUAGGUCGGUUUGAUGAUAGCAUUGCAGCAGCUGUUGCUUGUUCAAAUACAAAAGAACCACCAGGAACUCAAUUGAGACUCUCUUAUGGGAGUAAACUAAGCGAAGGGCAUGUUCAACUUAACUUGAACGGAGUUUGGGGGUCGUUAUGUGCGGGUAACUUGACGGACGCAGAGGCCAAGGUCAUAUGUAAACUAAGCGGAUAUAGAGAUGGUGUUGCCAUGCCUGGCGGCUUUUUCGGGCAAAAUAACCCUAGGGGCACCCCUUUGCUGGAUUACUUAAACUGUACUGGAGAUGAAAAACGCCUUAUAGACUGUGUGGUUUCGUUAUCGUCCAGUCAGUCACUGUGUCCCCUUAACAUGAUGUCGGGCGUGAAAUGUUACGAAGCGGUUCGCUUGACUGGAAGCAGCCGAGUAGAUUAUGGACGUCUAGAAUUUUGGAAUUAUGAUGGCUGGUAUUCUGUCUGCGAUGAAAAUUUCGAUGAUCAAGAUGCUACUGUUGUCUGCAAAGCCUUGGGCUUUACACUUGGAAAAGCUCAGUGCUGUUCCGCAGUGGGAAGUAAUGGAACUGUAAACCCAAUUCUGUUCUCCAAUUACACAUGUAUUGGUAAUGAGUCAAGCCCACUUUCAUGUACCUACGGGAAGACUGGACGGUGUAGGAGCGGAAAAUAUGCAUCGGUGCUUUGUUUGAAAACGUCCAUACAAGAAGGUCUGACAAUUCAUUUAGAAAGCUUUUAUGGACCUGUUGUAAUUUCAAGAUAUGGCCUCCCAGGAUAUGUCUGUAGUAAACACUUUGACAACUUUGAUGCUACUAUGAUAUGCAAAACAAAAGGAUACCAGAAAGGGUACGCAGUGAAUGUUUACAAUGACUUCACACUUCCGGUUCUUCUAGGAAACUUAACAUGUAAUGGCGCCAAUGAAAUUGACAGAUGUACCUUCUCCAAGUUUAAUGACGAUCAUGGAUGUUCUGAUAGCGAUACAGUUGCAGGCGUGAUUUGUUCCAACUCAGAUAAACUAAUAUUUAAGCUUGAUAGUCAGAUCAAAACGAAGGGUAUCCCAAAAUUAGAAAUCGGAAGCAAUACUCUGUACUUGGAUGAUACUUACUUUGAUGAAGCAGCAGUCAAUCUAUUUUGUCUAAAUGCAGGCUUUGCAGGCGGAUCCAAACUUUCUCAAUCUAUAAGUUUGCCGUCAGUACACAAUAUUGUCACAGAUAUCAGGUGUUCUCCUAAUGCUCCUACAGUUACGCACUGUAAAGGAAACUGGGAUCCAAGGAAAUCCAAGUCUGUACCAUUAUAUGAAAUUUCCUGUUUUUUUCAAGCACGAUUUCAAGGAACUUUCUAUGGCGCUGUUGAAUUAUAUAGCAGCAAUUCAUGGGGGACAAUUUGUCCGGAAUCUUUUGGACAACCAGAAGCAGACGUUGUUUGUUCCACACUUGGAUACAAACAAGGUUUAAACGUAUGUUGUUCUCCAUUUGGACCGGUCCCAAGCAGACAGUUAUUUAAGGAUUUCCAAUGCAGCGGAUCAGAAAAGAACAUCAUGGAAUGUUCGCACACUUUUCAGCGAUCCGGAGUUCAGUGUCGUCGGAACACACUGGAAUAUGCUUCUGUUCUGUGUUACAAUGGCAUACUGACUCAAGAUUUCAGUAUUAAGAUUAAUGGCGGAAAAUAUUUUGGUGACGUCAGAGUAAGCUACAUGGGUGUAGACGGCCGGAUUUGUCGAGACGGUUGGGAUGAUAAUGACGCCCGAGUUGUGUGUCGACAAAAUAAUUAUAUCCGAGGACUUGCCUACAGCCAUUACGUAGAGGAGGGAAAACAGUCAAGUGGACCCUACUGGAUUUCAAACGUUCAAUGUCAAGGUCAUGAGGGCUCCUUACAGGAGUGUCCCCAUUCCCCGGUAGGAUCCGUUACUGAGUGUAAAUCACUCCACUAUGCUGGUGUUUUCUGCUUCAAUGACCAAGGUAUAUAUUACCGUAUAUCCGGCGGAGACCCUUCAGGUAGAUCAGGGAGGGCAGAGAUUUUCUUCGACGACAAGUGGGGCACAUUGUGUAAUACAAACUGGGGUGAAGAGGAAGCAACUGCCCUUUGUAGACAAAUGGGAUUUCAUGGUGGUGAUCCCAUUGAAGGUCCGUAUAAGGUACCUGGUAAGGGCGUGGUCUAUAAAUCCUCAUAUCAGUGUACUGAUGAAAGUACAAGUCUCACUGACUGCCCUCACAGUGGAUGGCAGGAAGUUGUCGAUGGAGAAUGCAUGGAUCACAGAAAUGAUGCUGGAGUGUUCUGUUAUCAGAAUGUUCGAAUUUAUAACAGCAUAGGUAGAAGUAAAUCAUCUGGCCCAGUGUUACUAUUCCGACAAAAUCAGUGGUACCUACUGUGCGAUGAUGGUUUCACAGACCACGGAGCUACUCUGGUGUGCCAGGAACUGGGUUUUCCCUAUGGCUAUGCAUCUUGUUGCUCCAUCGACGGACCACUGAGUUUUCCAAUCUGGAUGAACCACACUCUAGACUGUUCUUCAGGAACACAUGUAGAAGAAUGUCUUCAAAGAAAGACUUGUGCCAGAAGGAGUUAUGCCUCUGUAACUUGCACUCAUCUACCAAAGCCAAAGCCCAACACCUCUCCAAAACCGGAUGCUCCGUUACCUUCAAAGGCAGAAGAUAACAAAACAGUUGUGGCAGUAAUUUCAGCAGUUGCUGUAUGUUUGUUGUUUGUAGUAAUAGUCAUAGUUGUGAUCAAGUGUCGUCAAUCUACGAGAAGAGAAACAGCUAGUGAUGCGCAUGGCACAUUCAGGGAAGGCGUGCUAAACAAGGCACGUGACGGUUCUAUCCACGCCCAAAAUCCACUCCACAAUCUGUACGACUCUGCCGACAUCAGAAUACAAAAUGACAGCGUUCAGUAUCACAAUCAUGGUAAUGACAGGAGUCCAGCACUAGCUUUCUCUAACAUCAAUUAUGAUACAAUUCAUUUUUCACCAGAACAGGCAGACAGUGACAAUGAUACAAGCGAUGAUCACAUCGUUGAACAUAAAGACACAAAGCCUCUCGGCAUCAAAUCCGAGGACUCAUCGUAUGCAGUAAUGAGACCUAAUUUUUCGGCGUCCGAUUUACAUGUGUAUGAUAACCAACAGAACAAAACUUACCACAAUUGUGUGACAAUAGAAACUACCCCGGAGGAUCAUCCGAGGCCCCACUUCACUAGAUCCCUAUCAGAAUGUAGGGAAAUAUCCCCUCCCGAAUGAUAGUUUGUGUUAUCCUUCAUUCUACGUUUGUCAAUUAGUCUUCCAUAAUGAAAUCUAGAUAAUUUAUACAAGCUUUAAAUCAAUGUAUCCUUCUACCUCAUUUCGUACAGGGUAUAUAUCAAAACACUUCAUUUUCAAAUUAUGGGGGCAUUAUUUAAUAGUUUAUUUCAGAUUCAUUCCAAAGUAUCUAGAAAUGUAUAGUGCUGUAUUGUUGCGUCGGAUACUAUAUUUACUGAGUGUUCAAUUGAAACACUAUGAUGAUAAAAAUAAAAAAAGUUACAAAUGUG